AGUUACAGAUGACCGAUAUGGCCGUAAGUUUGCGCAAACCGAGCUCCGCUUAUUUUGGACAUUGAAGUUAAGCUUGCAAUUUGCUGUGUGCACCUGGCCAGUUUCACGUAACGCGUGGAGAUUUGUCGAAUGCAAAAUACACAACCUUAUCAGUGUACUAAUUACCACCGCCCUACUCCCACGUUGUAUCGAUGCCCCCGAUCUAGCAUUGACACAAUUUUCAGGGAGCCGCAUUCGGCCAAAGCCGUUUAAUGUAAGACAAUAAAAAUAAACAUUUUCCGCGCCAUUUGGUGCGCCUGCAAAGCGGUCGGGGUCGUGGAAAACCCCUCUGUAGGCAAACAGCGGGAGCAUUCUGUUUGCACAACUGCAGCCGAGAGCACGCUAUAGAAAAAACCCCGAGACCCCUGGAUCUGGACUUUGAAACUAUAGCCACCAUGUGCCGGCGACUAAGAAAUAUCCCCGGACUGAUCUGCCUGCUGACGACGGUCGUCGUGCCCUGUCGGACGGAGUUCUACGCUCUAGACGCGCUGGGGCGGGAUCCGAGUCCCGCUGAUUUUCCGGGUGCAGUGCCACGACUGGUUAUCUACAACCCCUUUAGUGGCCAACAGCUGGAGCCGCUGCGGUACUCGGCUGUUUCGCGGGGCAGACGGCAGCCCGUGAACGGUAACAUCGUAGAGCUACCCCAGCUCUGGCAGCCCUGCUCCUGCGUCGAGUUCUCUUGCCGGUGCUGCCUUGGCCUGGCUCUGGGACUCGGCGAAUCAGCCAACCAGCGGUUGUGCGCCGCCCUCGACUACACCCGGGCGGAUCUAGGUCUGCGCCUCAGCGUCGAGAUAAACCAGCGCAAGGUGGCAACCUUCGGGUUCUCGACUCGAAAUCCGCCCGAAUACUGCGUGCCGCUGCCGCUCUCCAGCUGCCUCAGACUCUACGACAUCCGUGCGUUCGGCGAGGGCAACAUGCAGAUAUGUCUGUCGGUGGUCUUUAAAGUUCUGGCCAGCCAGUUCUUCGAGUACCGCUUCAGCUGCCUGCGCUUUGGCGCCAGAGGAGUAUUCUUCGUUCGCGACGCACUGCAGGAUCAGGGGCAGGAUCAGGAAGCACUGGAGGUGGGGUCUAGGUCCGAUGCGUGGCAGUAUACGCCAAAGAAGCUGGCUGACAGGAGCAUCUUCAGUUUCUACGGCAGAUAAUAUUGGUCUUUCCUCUCACGCUUCAAGUUGUCAUGUUCCGUGGAUGCCUCGCAAUGUUACAUGUUUAAUGAAAAAGUGAAAUUUACGUUAAUUAAAAAGCCUUUAACUCUAAGACCCCGCCCAGCAGCACAGACGCCAUGAAUAUGGCGAAAAUUGGCAGUAAACUGUGGCCUCCCUUGGUCUGGUACGGGCGAUGAUGCGACUGCUUGGAUCUUAUCCCACUUACGAAUGUACCAACGGCUGUAAUCGUUCUUCAAACCACUUUUUUUUAACGAUAGCGCACACAGCAAUUACUUCUCUGUUUACUUAAGAUUCAAAUAUGUAGUGAGAGGCGCCGGCCCUUGAACCUAUUAGGCUGCGAAUGAUUAUGAAGUGACCAAGGGUCUCAUAUUAUAAAUAAUAUAUUAGUUCCCCCACAUAUGACUGUUGUUAUUUGAUGUUAUUUGAGUUUUAAAAAUAUAUUAAAUGAAAUAAAUUUUAGUGCACC